GUAUGUUGUUUGUGGUGAAAGCUUGAAAACAAAAUUUCGUUUGGCGAUUAGUUUGUUGAAUUUUUAUUGAAAUGAUCGAGGAACACAACGAACACGAAACGAUAUGCGACUCAGUGAAUUCACUGGUUGAAGGCUGUCGUUUACCAGUUCGAAUGUGUGCCACAGAUGAUUGGCCACUUGCGGAAAUCAUCAGUAUCAAAGAUGUACAAGGUGUCAAAUGUUAUUAUGUUCAUUAUGUGGAUUUCAACAAACGAUUAGAUGAAUGGGUUAUGGAGGAUUCUUUGGACACUAGAAAAGUCCAAUAUCCUCGCCGCGAAGGAACAACACCGGGAACUGGUGCAGCAACACCAAAAAAACAGGCUGUUAGUAGACCUCCUAGUCCCAGUAGUGUUAGCAAUGAACCGGUCAAUGAUAAUGCUGUGCUACAAGCUGCACUACAAAAGAAAAUGUCUAGAAAGAGAAAAGCGACAUUUCUAGAAAAUGAGGAUUCUCAGGAUGGUCAGCCACAAACUGCUACGCCAGGUCCCAGAUCCACUGGCUCUCUAGUGGCGCACCAAAAUGAUGAUGUAGUCACAAGAAUGAAAAAUGUAGAAUUAAUUGAACUAGGUCGUCAUAGAAUAAAACCUUGGUAUUUUAGCCCAUAUCCACAGGAGAUGGUAAAUUUAAAUUGUAUAUAUAUCUGCGAAUUCUGCCUGAAAUACAGGAAGAAUCGAAAGUGUUUGGAGAGACAUUUAGUCAAAUGUAAUUUACAUCAUCCACCUGGAAAUGAGAUAUACAGGAAAGGAUCUAUAUCAUUUUUUGAAAUUGACGGUCGCAAGAAUAAGAACUACGCACAAAAUCUUUGUCUGUUAGCGAAGCUGUUCCUGGAUCACAAAACUCUCUACUAUGAUACAGAUCCCUUUUUGUUUUAUGUAAUGACAGAAUUUGACAGCAGAGGAUUUCAUAUAGUUGGCUAUUUCUCCAAGGAGAAGUGGUCGACGGAAGAUUACAAUGUAGCAUGCAUUCUAACACUGCCACCAUAUCAGAGAAGAGGGUAUGGCAAGCUCUUGAUAGAAUUUUCAUAUGAACUAUCGAAAUUCGAAGGAAAAACUGGCUCUCCUGAAAAACCACUAUCCGACUUGGGUUUGCUUUCAUACCGAAGCUAUUGGGCGCACACAAUACUCGAUAUUCUGUUAACUCUAAAGCCUGUGGUAGAGAAUGAGAAACCACAAAUAACAAUAAACGAAAUCUCCGAGAUUACGUCGAUUAAAAAGGAGGACGUGAUAUCGACUUUGCAAAAUCUGAAUCUCAUUAAUUACUACAAGGGACAAUAUAUUGUCACAUUAAAUAGGGAAAUUAUUGAACAACAUUCAACUGCGAUGGAAAAAAGACAGAUUAGAAUAGAUCCUAAAUGUCUACAUUGGACACCGAAAAGAAUGUUAGGGUUAAAUGGUGAAUAAAACCCUGAAUUGACAAUAAGAUGAUGCCGAUUUGUUUUGAAAUUAUUUUUCAGGGGCAUUCAGGAAAAUAAUUAUGGUUGGUGGAUGCAAAAGUUGUAUAUACAUAUAUAUACUAAUCUGUGACCUCUCAGUGGUCUAGCGUUUUAAUAAGACUGUAUUUGGCAUAUGCACGCUUAUCGCGAUACUGUGUAGAGAUUUGCCGACGUACGAAAAUCUCGUUGUAGAAAGCUAAGAUCAUAUAACGCGAGCAGGGGGAAAAAUAUUUGCUGUAAUGAUAUAUAUCUUAGAGCCAAAGGUAAUGUUUUAAUACUAUCGUUAGAAUUUUUCAAAGAUACACAAAAACGACUGUCGUUACUACAAUAGUCGACUGGUGUAAAAAAUCUAUCAUUCUUGUGUAUAAAUAAAUGUGAUUUUAUAAUAUACUUACAAUUUCUCAAUAGCUCAAGCGCAUUCAAAUUUUAUAGAGAAAUAUUUAUAUAAGCUCAAUACUCAGACUGCUGUUUAUAAUUCAAUUUUUAAUAUACGAGAACAAAAUGUAGACGCAUCGUACCUAUUGUGUGUAUGUAAAUAUGUACACAUCUUUUCACAUUGUUAUUUAUAUAUUGUACAUUUCCUCGCGAUAAAAUUGGGAUAAUUUAGAUAAUAAUGAAUACUAAUAAAGUACUGUAAAAACGAGUACUCGUCAAAAAUAUUGUGUAUUUGCGUAUAUACGAUAUGCAAGCAAUCUUAUUUCGCGAACGAUUUUAGCUAUCACCAUUAUUAUUGAUUGUAUUAUAUAUAAAAUCAAGGAUGUAAAUAAUUUACUAAAUUACUAGUAUAUUACUGAAUCCGUCCGGGAUAUAUUUUUCAUUUGGG